AGAAUACACCAAAAGAAUAUUCACAUUUUUGGACCAAAUAUUAACAAUCUUGUAAAAUUGAGAUUAUUCUAAAAAGUAACCUACAGUCUGUUUCAAGGCUCCUCCCUCCGUGAAUAGUGGGGGAAUCUAGAAACCUGACCGCAACCCUCACAGACAGUUGGAGGAGAUAGAAAAUGGCUACACACUGACAACAGAUGGAUUUAAAACCUCUUCCGAGUACCCGAGGAAAAGCUGAAGCUGUACAUGAAGCCUAUGCAGGACAAUCUGAAGAAAUGUACUGAGACUGAGAGAAAAUACAAGCAUAUUGUUCAACACACAAAGACACAGUUGGUGGACACUGAGAGGCAGAUAAAGGAGGCUUUUGAGAAGCUUCACCAGUUUCUGAGAGAUGAAGAGAAGGUCAGACUAGGUGAGCUGAGGAAGGAAGAGCAGCAGAAGAGAGAUACUAUGACCACAGAAAUGAAGAUCAUUCACGACCAAAUCUCAUCUCUUACAACGGGUAUCACUGCUUUGGAACAUGACUUAAAGAAGCAGGAUUUGCGCUUUCUGAAGAGCUACAAAAACAUCCAAAUGAGUUGUAGGGCCCAGCUGCAGUGCACACCACAAGAUCCUAAAAUAUUAUCGGGAGUGCUCAUAGAUGUGGCCAAACACCUGGGUAACCUCAAGUUCGGAGUCUGGGAGAAGAUGCUGGUGAUUGCUAACCACACUCCUGUGAUUAUGGACCCCAACACAGCUCCCAGCUUUCUAACUUUGUCUGAUGAUCUGACCAGUGUGCGAAACUCAGGCACGCAGCAGAUGCUGCCAGAUAAUCCAGAGCGAUGCACGUUUAACGCAAAAAUUUUGGGUUCUGAAGGGUUCACCUCAGGAAAGCACAGCUGGGAGGUGGAGGUGAGGAACCACCCCAGCUGGAAUUUGGGUGUGGCAAAAGAUUCAAUCAACAGAAAAGAUAGGACAUUCGCAAAUCCUAAAUAUGGAAUCUGGGCAAUAGGUUUAGAAAACAGUGAAUAUACAGAUCCAGAGGCUAGGCUUCUUGCUCUGAAGAGGAGACCCCAAAGGGUUAUGGUGCAACUAGAUUACAGCGGAGGGGAAUUGUCCUUCUAUGACCCCCGUGACAUGUCAAAAAUCUACACUCACAAAGACACAUUUAAUGAGAGACUCUUCCCAUACUUCUCUAUUGGAAAAUGUAAAGAUGCCAGUGAACCUGGAUUCAUCCAGAUCUGCCCCUCAAAGGUGUCUCUAAAAGUGGUGUCAUCGUAAAUUUAACAAGGAAUUUUUCAUAGAUAAAGGCAUCAUAGAAAGCCUUUAUAGUGGGAUUUGGUACGUCAUUCCUCGUAAAGACUGAAUAGAAAUGUUCAUGAAAGGUAGUGUUUCAUAUUUAGUAGAAAUUCAACAAAUACAUAAUUUAGAGUCAUUGCGGUAUAUAUCAUGAACAUGUGGAUAUUCAAAUAUACAGAAUUGGUGUCAUAUUAGUAUGCUAAUUCAACUUGAAUGACAAUCUAAUCUACUUUAAUGACAAUCAAAGGGCAUGUUAUAAAACCCUUAAAUCAAUUAUUAAAAUGUAAUAAUUAAAUUGCUGUGGGUAAUGAUUGCCUCUUGUACCCAGCUCAGCUUUUAGCUGUAAAGCUUUUGACACGUAGCGGUAAAGUUAUUGUAACCUUUUCUUGAUCCAAUUCUUCCUUGUGUUCUCAGAAAGGAGGAUGUAUACGUAAUGAAAUAGUAACACAUUUAUGAAAGCAAGCAUAAUAAAGCUUUGGGUUGACAUAAUCUGACUUGAGUUAUUGUAGUACCGGAUUCUAACACCAGGGGGGGCCUGUUCAUCAUUGGAAUAAAAAUGGUCCUAUUCUAUGAAUUAGAUUUGCUCACCUGCGUCCUCUCGCCUCCUUUUGAAAAAGGUCCAAAUGAAUCGAAGAGUCUGCGAGGAGAGUGAACGUGGAUGGAAAUCUGAUUGCUUGAAAACGAGACAGUCCUUCUCAACUCGCAAGUCAUUAGGCAAAUUACGUUUAAAGGGGGUGGAACCCAAAAUAAAUGUGUAA